CGUCAUCGUCAUGAUACUUGCUUGACCAGACAGAUGCAUGGGAACACCUUCGAUAGAUAGAUACUCCACUUGCAGCAGCAAAAACGAAGAAAUAGAUGAGGAGCAAGUUACGGACGUAACCAUCUCACUCUAGGAGAUACGGUAAGGAAUGACAGCCUGGUGGUACAGAUGCUCCUCUAUUCCCUUCUGGGACCCUUGUUCGGACAUAGCAGUGGCCCAUGCAGCAUUGUCCGUUUCAAGGUGCAAUCAAGUCGAGGAGAACGAUGGCGACUGCGACCCCAAUCUAUCGUCAACCCGAGCAGAAGAAAUAUAUAUCGCGACCACAGAAGAAGAUGCGGACGGAUCAGUGAUCACAGACCACUCCAUGCCCCUCUUGGCCCAAUAGCCAAUAGUAGGUGGGAUGUCGGUCGCCGCGCAGGGGAACGAAGAAUUGGAAUCUCUCGCCCCCAUGUCCUCGCCGUCCCAGCAGUGCAGCUCACUUUACUUCAGAGUUUUGGUUCUUUGUUCUUCUGCGUGCCAGUUCUCCAGUCCCAGUGCUGUGCAACCACACUGAGCCCCUCCCAGACAUCACAUCCGCGCUGCAUCUCAUCUCGUCCCAUCCAUCGCAUCCCAACCAGAACCCAAUCCCCAAACUCUCUUGUUCUCUUGCUGUCCCCAAAAACCCAACCAACCCCCCCUCCACUGACUCUCCCCCCUGCCGUCGGUGGUCUUCCCCAGCUCGGCGCUAGCCAGCCCUCAGUGUCCCCUGUCGCCUCUCCCGCUCCAGGAAAUGGGCAGAAAUCAGCAGGUCGAUGCGCGCCUGGCUGCAUUUUAGCUCGGCGGCUUAAGCCUAGAAAAAGCCUCUGGGCCGUCAUGGGCACCCGCAUGCGUCGAAAUGCCUGUCAAAGACCAGCCCUUGCCACACCUGAGGACCAGCGUUACUUACCGAUGCCCCCAUACCGAAAGGAGGGGAGAAGAAGAGGGGCCACAGCUGUGGUGCGACCGGUCCUCGAGAGCGAAAAUAACCACACCCAGCUGCGCGGAAAAGCACCACGCACGCAGGAUGGAUGCAUGUGGUAGGGGGAGGGUAAGUUAGUCGAGGGGAGUCGAGUCGAGUCCCCGGACAGCCGAGAUCUCGACGGAGCCAGACCCAGAGGAAGAGGAAGAGGAAGAGGAAGAGGAAGA